AUGCCGAGAGAUUGCAAAAAAAGAAAAAUUCAAAUUGCAAAAAAUCAUGAUAAUUCUGAUUCAAAUGAUUCAAAUGAUAUUUUAGACUUGAAUAAUGAGGUUAACACGGAUGAUGAAGUUGAAUGGGUUGAUAAGGAUGAGGCAAAGCAACUUUUUUUGGUUUUAACUAAAAAUAUGAAAGAACUAAAACUUUCGAAACGUCCUUCUUCCAGUUAUAAUUUUGGUAAUGGUUCUUUUGGUGAUAAUGGUUCUGGUGUUGAUUUCGGUGGUGGUUCUUUUAGUGGUAAUUUUGGUGGUAGUUCUUUUGAUGGUAGAGAUGGUUCCAAUAGUAGUUUUUUUGGUGAAGAUGGUUCCAAUAGUGAUAGUUCUAAUAAUGAUAGUUCCAAUGAUAAUUCUAAUGAUGAUAAAAUCAUAAAAAAUGCACAAUUUAAUGCAUUAAUUAAUAUAAUUGAAGAUAAACUAAAACUUGAGAAUAAAUAUUUAACUCCAGAAUAUAAGCUGCGACUUAAAGCUAUCCAACAUUAUUUACAACUCCUUAACAAAGAACAUGCAAUAUUAAAAGCAAAUCAAACUAUUACAGAUCUUCUAAAUCGAGAAAUAUAG